AUGAAGAAUUAAGGAGUCUUUGAUCCAACAGCUUUAGAAAGAGCAGCAAUAGUAUUUCUUAUUAAACUAUUAAAAUAGGCCUUACGUGAAUUAAAUUAGUCUCCACAUGCUGCAAAAGCCCUUGAAGCCAUGAUUAAGACUGAAGAGGCCAAAAAAGCAGAUAAACAAGCAUUGCAAAAAUAACAUGAAAUUUCAAAGGUUAAAGUUGAAGGAGAAGAGAGAAGAAGAAAUAUGGAUCAUCAAAAAUAAGUGAAUUAAUAGAUAGCAGAUUAUAAUGAUAAAUUGGAAAGAGAAAGAACUAAAGAUAAAUUGAAAGAGAAAGAAUUGACUGCCUAAAGAAUGAGAGAAGAGGCUGAAGAAUCAAUUAGAAGGUAAGAAAAUAUGAGGAGAGAAACAUUAACAUUGUAAAUGAAGAAAUAAUUUGAAUUAGAGGAAAAAAAAAUAACAUUAUAAGCUAAACUAAAUGCUGA